ACAUUUAAAAGGUGAAAUCAAGCGUGAGCACGCAUCGCACAACCACAGGCGUUUCAAGUGGAGAAGAAGAAAGCACAGACCUUCCUCCUGCUGCUGAUUUGGCUCGUUUAAACCAUGUGGCUUUAUAAUUUUUUGCUGAGUUUUGACCUCAGGGGUCUAUUUCUCUUCCUUUUUAUUUUCCUCCUGAUAGCAGACUACGUCAAAUACAGGAAUCCACCAUACUUUCCUCCAGGACCGCUGGCUCUGCCCAUUGUGGGGAAUUUCUUGAGUAUGGACCCUAAACAGCCACACAUUUCUUUUGCCAAGCUGGCUAAGAUCUAUGGGAAUGUGUUCAGCCUCCGCCUCGGCAGGGACAAGUGGGUGCUUUUGUCUGGAUAUAAGAUGCUGAAGGAAGCCACAGUGACACAAGCUGAGAAUUUUGUGGAUCGACCAUACAGCCCGAUGGCUGACAGGAUAUACCUGGGAACCUCAGGUGGUCUGUUCAUGAGUAAUGGUGAAAAAUGGAAGCGACAGCGGCGUUUUGCCUUGUCUACCUUACGCAACUAUGGCCUGGGCAAAAAGAUCAUGGAGCAGAGUAUCUGUGAGGAGAUACGAUAUCUGCAGGAGGAGAUAGAGAAGGAGAAAGGUGAACCUUUCACCACGACAGGCCUCUUCAACAACGCUGUGUCCAACAUCAUUUGCCAGCUGGUGAUGGGGAAGCGCUUUGACUACAGCGACCACAACUUCCAGACCAUACUGAAGUAUCUGUCUGAGACACUUUGGCUGCAGGGCUCCGUUUGGGGUCUACUGUAUGAGUCGUUCCCCAGAGUGAUGAGGCACUUGCCAGGUCCUCACAACAGAAUAUUCAGCCUCUCAAACGUGCUCCUAGAGUUCAUCAGUCAGGAGGCAGAGAGGCACAAGAAGGAUCUGGACCGCAGCAAUCCCCGGGACUACAUUGACGCCUUCCUCAUCGAAAUGGAGAACCAUAAAGACCCUGACCUGGGCUUCACUGAGACCAACCUGAGCAUGUGCUCUCUGGAUCUGUUCCUCGCUGGAACAGAGACAACCUCCACCACUUUGCAGUGGGCUUUGAUUUACCUCAUCAAACACCCUGAUAUCCAGAAAAAAGUCCAGGCAGAGAUAGACACAGUGAUCGGACAGACCCGCCUGCCCAGUAUGGCCGACAGACCCAACCUGCCCUACACUGACGCCGUCAUCCACGAGAUCCAGAGGAUGGGAAACAUUGUUCCUCUCAACGGACUCAGAAUAGCUGCUAAGGACACGACACUGGGCGGCUACUUCAUACCAAAGGGUACGUCCAUAUUGCCCAUCCUGGACUCUGUGCUGUUUGAUAAGAAUGAAUGGGAGACUCCAGAUAAAUUCAAUCCUGGACACUAUCUAGAUGCUGAGGGAAAGUUUGUGAAGCGAGACGCCCACCUGCCUUUCUCUGCCGGGAAACGUGUGUGUCUCGGAGAAGGCCUGGCCAAGAUGGAGCUGUUCCUGUUUUUUGUAGGUUUACUACAGAAGUUCUCCUUUACUGCUCCUGAUGGAGUAGAGCUGAGUGCAGAAGGAAUCACUGGGGGGAUACGAGUCCCUCGUCCCUUCAAGGUUUACGCCAAGGCUCGCUGAGUUGUGCUUUAUCUCAGAGCAAAACACUCGAGAAGAGAAAGCUGUAGUUACUUUUCAUUCUCUCGUAACAAUUCCCCUCGUACUGGGAAUUGUUUAGUCUGCACAUUUAAUUAUGUGUGAUAAAGUUAAUGUUUUGCCUGUCUUUGUGGUUCUUAAUGACAGAAUGUAGAAAGUAUCAUUAUACUUUGAAACUGCAAGUUGUACUGGCAUGUAUAAGCCUUUAAUAAAUAAUAGAUUAAAAUUAUUUUUAAACAUUAAA